AUUCUCAGUUGUUGGACCGUUCUGUACAGCGGUAAUAAAAUUCCACCUGAAACCUUAAGGCCUUAAAAAUAUUAUUUAGUGUAAUGUAAAUUUAUCGUUUCUCAAUUCUUGGUUCAAUUGGAGUGCUACCUUCUAAAAUAUAAACAUUUAACUGUGAUAUUAUCAACAAGAAAGAAGAUAUUCGAUCAAAAUAGAUAUAAACUACAAUCGUAACAGCGAAAGUCUACAAAUAGAUAAAUAGAAUGAAUUUUACAAAAAUUACUAUUCAUUGAUCCUGCUAAAUAUUGAAAUAAGGAAAUUUUUCGAACAAAUCUUGAAUCAUAGAAAGAAUUAAACGAAAGGACAAAAAAGGAAAAAAAAACAACCUGAACAAAAAUGUUGGUUGCGGAAAAUCAACAAAAAAGAUAUGUCGUUACUAUGUUUUUGGCUACGGCCGGCGCGGGAGAACAUUUACUGGGUUCAGACGAGAAAGAGAUUAUCUAUUUGGUAUUCGGAAUAAUCGAUUUACAAAAAAAAGAGGUACAAAAGAAAAUUCGAACCAAAGUGUGUCUUUUAUCGAACCAACUCUUGGAAUAAAACAAUACUUAGUGCGACCUGUAGGAACUCAAUGUAUUAAAACUCCAGUCUUAUCUCCAAACACAAGUACAACAUCAUCAGAAAAUGGAAGCAUAGCUUCAAGCUCAGCAACUACAGAGCCACUAAUAUCAGAAGCCGUUCUUCAGUCUGCUGGCCGGACUCUUGCUGAUGUUUUAAAUGAGUUUGACACAUACCUGCGUUCUUUGAAGAUAGAACAAUUUUGCUUAGUUACGGAUGGUCAGUUACCAUUACGACAAUGUCUCCAUCCUGAGGCAAGUGCCAAAGAUAUAGAUUUACCACCCUAUUAUUGGAAAUUCAGUGACUUAAAAAAAGAGUAUGCGUGUUUUAAAUAUGGCGAUUUGUCGAAAGCACUUGUAGCUGCAAAUGAUACUAGCAUUUUUACAAAUGCUUCCAACGUACUGCCAAGUACGUUUUCGGUUGCAGAAAUGAUGAAAGAAAUGAAACUAAACGAAUUUGCAGACAACGAAUUUUACAUAAAAGAAUCCAGAGAUAUGAUAACCAUUGUGCAAUCAAUGAUGAAUUCAGGUCACGUUUUUGAAGCGAAGGAAAUCAUCAACAUGUCACUUGAGGCUGGAAUCAAUUCAAUUGAUGAUGAUAUAGAUGGGAACUGCAUUGUACGAGCUCGAGGACUCCCAUGGCAAAGCAGCGAUCAAGAUAUUGCAAAAUUUUUCCGUGGCUUGAAUGUAGCAAAGGGUGGCGUUGCUUUAUGUCUUUCACCUCAAGGACGACGUAACGGAGAAGCUUUAAUAAGAUUUGUGUCCCAAGAACACAGAGACAUGGCACUUAAGAGACAUAAACACCACAUUGGAUCACGAUACAUCGAGGUGUAUCGAGCAUCAGGAGAAGAUUUUCUUGCAGUUGCUGGUGGAGCUUCAAAUGAAGCGCAAACAUUUUUAUCGAAAGGUGCUCAAGUUAUUAUAAGAAUGCGAGGUUUACCUUAUGAUUGUAGUGUAAAUCAAGUUUUGGAAUUCUUCGCUAAUGGCGAGAACUCGUGUAAAGUGCUUGAUGAUAGUGAAGGAAUUUUAUUUGUCAAAAAACCUGAUGGUCGUUCAACUGGUGACGCUUUUGUUCUUUUUUCUGAAGAAACUGAUGCACCGAAAGCUCUUUCAAAGCAUAGAGAAUCGAUUGGGCAACGUUAUAUAGAAUUAUUCAGGUCGACAAUUGCUGAGGUUCAACAAGUUUUAAAUCGUUCAAUGGAUCCAAAAACAUACGAACUAGCCACACCAAAACCUCCAUUAAUUGCUCAAAUCCCUCCAACAAUAUCUCAAAUGCCAAUGCUCCCUCAACAUGUUAUCACAAGUGGAACUGAAAAGAAUUGCAUUAGAUUACGUGGACUUCCGUACGAAGCAAAAGUUGAACAUAUUUUGCAUUUUCUUGAAGAUUUUGCAAAGCAUAUUGUUUACCAAGGCGUUCAUUUAGUGUAUAACGCUCAAGGUCAGUUUAAUGGUGAAGCUUUCAUCCAAAUGGAUUCAGAAGUUGCUGCUCAAGCAUGCGCUGAUCAGAAGCAUCAUAAACAUAUGAUGUUUGGGAAGAAGCAAAGAUACAUCGAAGUUUUCCAAUGUUCAGGUGAAGACAUGAAUUUGGUAUUGAAUGGCGGAGGGUAUCAUGGAGGGUUUUCCCCCCCGCCUUCCAUAUCCGCAAAACCACUUGUUUCAUCGGGUAUGUUACCAUCGCGCCCUCAACAACAAGCGCACCAUUUGCAAAUAUCCAUUCCACCUCCUUUAACUCUUCCUAUCCCACAAGCAUCUAUUUUUCAAAAUGCUACUAGCACAAUUGCGGCUGCUAAUGUUAAUGCUUCUAGCAGUAAUCAAAGCUCAACUUCUUUAAUUACACAACAACAGCAAGCUCAUUUCAUAGCACAACAAAAUUUAUUAGCUCGUCAGCAAGCUGCUGCUGCAGCUCAAAUUCAAGCAGUUCAACAGCAAUCUUCUGAUCCCAUGUCUUUCUUUCAAAAUUAUAACUUUUUUCAGUCGCCACCUUCAGGCACGACUGGAGUUAUUCCAGGCAACCCUUAUUCAUAUCCAUUGAACCCUCAAGUGCCUCAAUUUUAUUUCUUGCAACGACCAGCUAUGCUUCCAAUCGGUUUAAUGCCUUCAAGCACACUUGGUCAUGCCCAAUACCCUGGGCAUCUACCGUCGGCAUCUAAUUACGUCCAACCAACAUUUUCCAACCCCGCUGUAGGAUCUGUCCAACAGCAGGCAUCUCAAUUAGCAUCUGCCAAUACCAAACGCUCUUAUGAAAAUGCUUUUCGCAAUGAAACUGUUAACAUGUCGGUAGCUAAAAGAGCUUUUCAUGCAAGAAAUAAUUUUGGUCCACCAACAAGGAGUUAUGCAGCAACAUUUAAUCCAUUUGCAACAUUACCACCCACGAAUGUUAGAACAGUUCCAGCGAUAUUUCAAUCAUCUCCACAAUUAUUUUAUUGGGGAUAUCCAAAUAGUCCUCAUAACUCGCCUAUUUCUUCGGCGCCUUAUUUUGGACCACUUCAAAUUCCUCCUCAGACAUUCACACACUUCACAUCUGAUAGAGCAACUCUUUUGGCUGUAGACGAUUCACAAUUACAAUUGAAUGAUUCCAUCGAAUUGCAAGCAUCGAAGGCUGGUGGAAUGUCUGGAGGAAAAAUUCAAUACGUAAAUAAUAUCUUAGAUCAUCAAAAAGCUGCAACAAAUGUUACCUAUCAUAAUGAUAAUAAUGAAAAUAUCAUUGAGGAUAAUAAUCAAAUAUAUUAUCACUCGAAAGACUUUGGCCAUUCUAACAAAAACAUAACAAACGAACCAAUACCGCACCAUCAAGACGAAAAUCAGAAGCAUCAACAACCAAUUAAUGAUUUGAAUAACAACAUUGUUCGUUCAGAUUAUUCUAGCAUCGAAUUACAUAAUUACCAAUCGCAAAUAUUUCACCACAAACAAUUUCCCUCCCACAUCUUUUCUCCCUUAAAUAUAAAUACACAAUUUAAUCAACCACUUUUUGUAAAUCCGUUGAAUAUGAUUCAUUCGCCUUUCUUUUCCUCUCCUCAUUAGAUUAUUUUUGUUUUGCAUAUCGUGAAAUGUUUAUUAGUUUGAAACCUUUGUUUGAAAGAAAAAAGAUAUUCAUUAAAUUGAUUAUAUCUACCAACCUUAAUAAUUAUCGGAUAAAUUUAUUGUGCAAUUAAUGAAUGAAAAUUCUUGCCCUAGACAUUAAUCAUUAAUUUAUAAGUCAUCUUGAGUUACUCAAUUAAUGAAGAUCAGACCACCUAAUCAUAAAAGCAAUUUUUGACAAGCAAUAUACGAGUUUAUAAGUUAAGUUUUUAGAUUGUUUAAAAUGUUAAAUGUUUUGUUAUUGUGAACCACUGAGAACAAAUAAAGAAUCAAAAUAUAUUCUCGAACAUUAAUUAUUUAUAUGCCGUCAAUAAAAAUAUAAAAUUAAAGGUAAUUUCACCUAUUUAAUUGGUCUUCACAUCAACUUUAAAGUGUUCGAAAAAUAUUUCGAAAUUAUUCUCU